GCAAAGCACAAUGAAUGUCAUUGAUUAUGUGAGAGAUAUGGCAGCGGCUGGGCUCCAUUCCAGUGUCCGAAUACUGAGCAGUUUGUUGCUAACUAUGAGCACCAAUAAUCCUGACUUAUUCUCAUCAACCCAAAAAUACCAGCUUCUGGUGUACCAUGCAGAUUCGUUGUUUCACGACAAGGAAUAUAGAAAUGCUGUUUGCAAAUACACAAUGGCAUUGCAGCAGAAGAAGGCUCUCAGCAAAACAUCAAAAGUGAGAACAUCCACUGGAAAUACCACAACUGCCAUGCAGACUCAGUGUCUUCCAUCUGAGAUUGAAGUAAAAUACAAAAUGGCAGAGUGUUACACAAUGUUAAAACAAGAUAAGGAUGCCAUUGCCAUUUUGGAUGGUAUACCUUCCAGGCAGCGGACACCAAAGAUUAAUAUGAUGUUGGGAAACUUGUAUAAGAAGGCAGGACAAGAGCGAUCUGCUGUAACAAGCUACAAGGAGGUUCUCAGGCAGUGCCCACUAGCAUUGGAUGCCAUAUUAGGUUUAUUGCGCCUUUCUGUGAAAGGUGCUGAAGUAGCAUCGAUGACUAUGAAUGUGAUCCAGAGUAUUCCUAAUCUAGAUUGGCUGUCAGUUUGGAUCAAAGCAUAUGCUUUUGUACACACUGGGGAUAACACAAGAGCGGUUAAUACAAUUUGCUCAUUGGAGAAAAAGUCCUUGUUGAGAGAUAAUGUUGACUUAUUGGGAACUCUUGCAGACCUAUAUUUUAGGGCUGGUGACAAUAAAAAUGCAAUUCUGAAAUUUGAGCAGGCCCAGAUGUUGGAUCCUUAUCAGAUAAGAGGUAUGGAUGUGUAUGGUAACCUGUUGGCACGUGAAGGGAGAUUAGAGGAUGUUGAAAACUUGGGAUGUCGCUUAUUUAAUAUAUCUGAUCAGCAUGCAGAGCCUUGGGUGGUGUCAGGAUAUCACAGUUUCUACAGUAAACGCUACUCCCGUGCUUUAUACCUAGGUGCUAAAGCCAUUCAGCUCAACAGUAAUAGUGUUCAGGCCUUACUGCUGAAAGGAGCUGCACUUCGAAACAUGGGCAGAGUGCAAGAGGCAAUCAUACACUUCCGUGAAGCCAUACGUCUUGCACCAUGCAGACUUGAUUGUUAUGAAGGUCUUAUUGACUGCUAUUUAACAUCCAACAGUAUCCGUGAAGCUAUGGUAAUGGCAAAUAAUGUAUAUAAAACACUUGGAGCAAAUGCACAAACACUUACUCUUUUAGCAACAGUAUGCUUGGAAGACCCAGUGACCCAGGAGAAAGCAAAGGUGCUGCUGGACAAAGCACUGAUACAGAGGCCUGAUUACAUCAAAGCUGUGGUGAAAAAAGCAGAAUUAUUAAAUAGAGAACAAAAAUAUGAAGAAGGCAUCGCCCUUUUGAGGAAUGCAUUAGCCAAUCAGAGUGACUGUGUCCUACAUCGAAUGCUUGGAGAUUUUCUUGUGGCAGUCAAUGAAUAUCAAGAAGCUAUUGAUCAAUACAGCAUUGCUUUAAGUUUGGAUCCGCAUGAUCAGAAAUCUCUUGAGGGAAUGCAGAAAAUGGAGAAAGAAGAAAGUCCAACAGAUGCAACACAGGAGGAAGAUGUUGAUGAUAUGGAGGGCAGUGGAGAGGAGGGAGAUUUGGAGGGAAGUGACAGUGAAACGGCUCAGUGGGCAGAUCAGGAGCAGUGGUUCGGCAUGCAGUGACAAAACCCUGCUAUAACUUCUGAAUGAUACAAGAUGUUGAUUUGUGCAAUUUUCUAUUGUGAUGGAUCAGAUUUGUCUCUCUAUGUGGGAAUGAGGAUUCACAAGACACUUUUUUUAUGGUGAACAGUCAAAACAGAAAUUCUGAAUUAUAUUUAAAGUGAAUUAUUUGAAUAUUUGAAUGUUAGUGGUCAUCUUUGUGAUCAUCUCUUUUUUUUUUUUUUUUUUGUAUUCGAUUAUGGAAAUGAAACUGAAAAAUGUUCUUAAUACAGUGAGUAAUAAGUGCAUUACUAAGUGUAAUGCAGCAUCGUUACCCAUGUGAGUGAACAGUUUAGUGUUAUUGUGCUGCAGAACUGAAGCUUUGUGUCUUUUUACCAUGCGUCAUUUACACAUGUGUAGUGCAGUAUAACAAUGGAGGAGAGAGAAUUUGAACAUGAUCAGUUGUUGUAGAAGGAAAAAUCCAAGUUAACAUCACAAUUUGAAAAGUAAGUAACUGUGAAUCCAUUCCCCUGCCCUGAUAUUGGAUAAUCUGCACUGUUUUAAAAUUGAUGUAGUACAUUUUUAUAUCACUGUUGCAAUAAUUUUAACUACUGUGAUUUCAGCUUCUGAAAGCUUGAUGUCUGUACCUAACUUCCAGAGCUCAGCACCCUCCAGACAAGCGAAAGUUAAGUAGAUGCAGACAAAAAAUGGCCAGUACAAGAAAACAAAAUGGCAGGUAGGCCAAUGUGGGAAUUCUGGUACACUCAGCAUCCCUUAAUCCCCAAGCCACAGCCAUAACUAUUUGGGUCUUAUCUCACUGUGCCAUCAAAACCUCUCCCCAACCCCUGCCCCUCUCCCUUUGAAGAUAGCAGUAAGGGUAACUCGGUGCCUAAAUGUGUUUAAUAUGUGCCUGUUUUGUUUACAUGACAUUUUUAUGUUAAGAUAGCUAUAUUUAAUAAUCUUAUUAUUUUCACAGUUCAUGUCAACUGUUUUGUAACUAUGUUUUUUACAUUUAUGUAAUUUUCGGAGCAUUUCUACCCAGGCCUCUGCUGAAAAUGGGUUUCUAUUCCAGUCAGGCACUCCUGGUAAACAAAUGUAAAAUAAAUAAAAUUGUGAGAUCAUCACAAAAGAUAUAUUGGUUCUGUGUCACAUAUGUCAGGGUUACAGACUUAAUUCAUAAGGAAACUGAAGGUGUCAGUCAUUCUUCCUUUGUCAAAAGACCAAGUACAAGUAGUCUCCCUUUUAUACUUCUAGAGAUGCUACUUCUACAAAUAGCAGAACUUUACCAAAACAGGACCAAAAGCCAGUCCAGAGGCAUAGAGAUAUAAAGCCCUGACUACUGCCCGGGUGCCCUGGGAUCAAGUGGCCUUGGUGACAGUUUUGAUAGGGAAGAUGGGAGUUAGCCAUCCUGUAGGGAAAAGGAGGUGGCUCCCAAUUGACUGUCUACUGCUGCUCCAGUGCAGGGGACAGAGGUCCCACCCCCUGAAAAAUAGGGGCUGGUGUAAACAGGAACAUGUUAUUUGACUACCCAAGCUGGUGACAGUAGCUUUUUGUCCCGCAGCAUGCUUGCUUAGACAUGGGGGAGCAUCGGCAGGCAGGCUUUGUAGCAAUGCAUGUGUGCAUAUCAUCACCAGGGAAAGGGGUUAAAGUAUCACUACAAAAAUGCUGUCAUUUACAUGGAUGCUGGUGGAAGCACAAACAAUCCCAAUUGUAUAACUGGAUGAUGGCUUCCCACACAAGUUUCUGCCCUGAGGGAUCUGAUGAGAAAUCUCUGCCAUCUCGGAACAAAUAAGCCCUAGUCUCAUUGGGAGGACUUGAUGGUCAGCAGACAGAGGGGAGAAAGAGGCCAAAAAAGGACCAAAAGAGGUGGUUCUACUCAAAGACUGUUCCCUGGAGCUUGGAAAUGAAGUCACAUCCCAGACAGACUCGGUAUCUAAAGGUCUCAGGAUUAAAAAUGUUAACUUUGCAGGCCCUUCUAACAGUUGUCUUACCUUAAACCUUGACUGUCAUGUUAGAUCUCAGUAAACCUAACUAAGCAUACCUGUCCACAAGGUAGUAUCACAAGUGGAGGUGGACAGGACCCUGCAUUUCAACAUGGGCUGUUUCCUAUGUCACAGGCUGUCCUUCAACAUUCCCAUAUCAGCCCUCACGUUUUUCAAAAGAGCAACAUUUUUUUUUUGAAGCUCUCCUGGACUCCAACAGCCAAGGGGCUUUGCCAUUCAUUGGAAAAAUGGGAUACUUGGCACAAUAUUUCCACAAGAUAGUACAGGAGAAGAAUGCCAUGGCUGUAGAAUGCCUUAAGGCAACGAAGUACGUGCCUUCCACAUUGCUGAUUGUGCCCAUUACAAGGAUGCACAAGGGAAAAAUGCAAUGUUGCAUAAAAUCCAUUUGAAGCCAGUGCUGUUUGUCCCUAGAAGAGAUUGUUCCUAACAUACCGUACGUUUUGAAGGACCUGGAAUGGCAGUUCACGUGGCUCUGACAGAGCCAAGAGGUGUUCUUCACCCAGGAGCCUUGAGUUCAGAAACUAACCAUGGCUAUUUUUGAUUUAGCCUGGGAGGCAUUCAGAGAAAGUUCAGGACCUUUGGGACACAAAUGUAAAAGAGGUAAUGGUCCUGCUGAAGCACUUACAACCUUCAAACCAAUCUGGUUCAAGCAGAGGUCUUACAGAUGAUAACAGACAAUGCCUCAAUAAUGUUAGUACAUUAAUAUGCAAGGAAGAAACCCAUUCCUACCCUUGUACAGCUUAGCUUUGAUGCCUGGGAGAUAGCGUUGCAGUCACAGAUGACCCUUAAGGCAGUUUGCACUACAGCUGAACUCUUUGGUGGACCAGUUAAGUAGAUCAGUUGUGGAUCCAUACAAAUGGAUGUUAGACCAGGAAUAUUUUCCUCCAGUUGGUACACUAGUGGGGGGCUCCCAGCAAUAAUUCUGUUUGCCUCUCUGAACAGUGAGCAACUGAAGAAGUUCUGCUCAAGAGCACCAAUCAAUGGCUUCUUUCUUAGUGCUUUCCAUCUGAUACUCCUUACCCCCAUGGUAUUCAAAAUGUAUGGGAGGACAGAAGCAAAAGAUGCUCUUGACAGCAUCCUCUUAGCCCAAGCAGUUCAGCUUCUGUCUCCUCACAAAGAUGUCCAGGAAGAAGCCUUGUAAGUGCCUCUGCAAGUGUGACUCCUAUCCCAGAAUAAGGGAGCCCUCAUACACCCCAGUCUGGAGACCGUGCAUCGUAAAGCCAUGAUGAUUUUGAGCCAUUUCCUUGGGGCAGUAAUACACUGACGACAUGCUUAAGUUACUUAAGGUAGCUAGGAAGCCUGCCACUAGGAAGUUCUGCUUUUACAAAUAGAAGAGGUUUCUUCUGAGAUUCCAUAAAAAGAAGUACAAUCUCAGUACAGCAUCAGUAUCCUGAUUCUGUGGUACUCGAGUGAGCCAUUUAAUUCAGGACUGACCUGUACCACAGUAAAGAUGCAUAUUUUAACAGUUUCAGCCUUUCUUUGGAUGCAUAUACCUACUGUCAGUUAAACAUUUUCUCAAAGGAGCUUUGCAUUUGAGACCAUCAAAAAGGAGAAUAGCUCCAGCUUUGGAUUUUGAUUGUCAUAGAAGAAUUGACUCACUUGCCACUUGAGCCCUCAGCCGCAGCCUCUCUCAAUUUUUUUAGCUUGCAAAACUACUUUAUUUCUGGCUGUUACAUCUGGUAGCAGAGUAUUAGAAAUUCAAGCCUUCAUGUGUGUAGAAUCCUUUCUAUUCCUACAUAAGGACAGGGUCUACCUAAGAGCCAGUCUCUCCUUUAUGUCAGAAGUAUUCAUGUAAUUUCUUCACUCAGACUAUUCAAUUACCUGUGUUAUCCCCCAACCUUUGGGGGGGGGUGGAAAUAAGAUUUAUAUAGAAGCAAGUAUAUCUGACAUUUAUAUCUGUUCUCUGUGUCCUAAGGAACAGGUUAAGACUGUGUUCAAGCAAACUGUCUCCAAAUGGCUGGUCCACUGUAUUAUCUUCUGUUAUUCCUCCCAGAGUAAGAAGUUAGAGGGAGCUAAAUGGGUCCAUAGUUACAAAAGCCAUUACAAACUGAACAUGUCUUCCAGGGCAAGAGCUGGGUUUACUAGAUCCAUUUCAUAGACCUUAUAGUGCCACCUUUCCUUUUCUGAUACUUCCCCAUCUGUAUGUGAUCUAGUGACAUUGUAUGGUUGUAUAUUUUUUUUACAUGUUCAUGGAACAGUAAUAAUUCUGACCAAUUCCAGUCUCAGUCUGAUUAUAUGAAUGUAUAAUUGCAGAUGUUCUAAGUCGAUUACUGUUGCAUCACUGCUUCCCUCCCACUGCCCCCUGUUUCUUUGAGCAUCCUGGACGAUGCCCUGUUCCUAUGUUAUCCACCCUUUCCUCUGCCUAUUUACAAGGUCUGAGGCCUACUCAGCUCUGAGUAAACUUGGGAAGCCUUUGUUGUUUCAUACCCCCACCCGCUCAGUUUAGAAUUAGAAGGUUCCUUCAGUCUGAUAGGAAUCCUAGGGCCUUGCACAUUAGUUUUUAGAGAAGAUGCUGUUAUGUCUUUUUAAAAAGCUUUAAAAUGGCAUGGGUGGACAGCUAGUUUUGUGCAGAGAACAUUUUGAUGUCCGUGAUAGGUGGCUUGUACCACACUUGGAGGGUAAGGAUGCUGAUCUCUGGAAGAUAGGCACUGCAUCAGGCUUUUUGGGACUGAAGUUCCAAUAGUGUAGUACUGCAACAGUACUGUACUUGAACCUCUGUUAUGGUAAGUUCUUAUACAGUUGCACUCUGCUCUUCAUGAAGUGGCUGGUUGUAUGCAUUUUGUAACAUCUGUCUCAAGCUUACAUUUAGUCUGAAGCUUACAUUGUACCUAGCAGUGUUUGUUUGAUGAACUGCAUUAUGAUAUAUAAUGUUUAAACUGAUUCUGUCUUUUCAAAACACCCUUGCACCACAUUUCAAGGCAAGACUGUUUUGGUGAAAAUGCAGAUUUCCAAAUCCUUUACACAUCGUAGCCAGUGUUCCUUCUGAAAGCCAGAGACACAAGGCUUGCAUGUUCGUGCAGUACUUCUCAGUAUAUGUGACGACAUGAUGCUGAUCUGAAUUCUGAUUACCACGGAAAUCUCAGGGUCAGAGAGAAUGAUCUUUCAGUGACAGAAACAUACUGGUUGUGCACAUUUUGCCAGUUCAGUGUUUAUUUUUUUUUCUGAAAUAACAGCAUGAUGUUUAACUGCAGCAACCAAUAAAUGAUGGUACAUUUUA